AUGAUGCGGGCAGAACAUAUCUCAUCGGUGCGGUCGUACGUGCCUGCGUCAGAUACCACGUCGACGGCGUCGGGGUCUUCGCCCGGUCCAUCACCCAGACGACAAUGUUUCUCGGCAAGCUCCAGUACCGCUUUUGACAGCAACACCACUAUGAAUGGAAGGCACUUGAUGCUCGAGGGCCAGGCGCCCAGGGCGUGUGAGAAAUGCCGUGCUUCCAAGCGGAAAUGCGACAAGAAGCUGCCCUUCUGCGACAGAUGCACCAGGUUGAACGCCAAAUGUUAUUAUAUACAAGACCCGGUCGUCAAUAACCCGAACAACAUUGGCGCUCAAGUCGUCCUGUUUCAGCAUCACUCGCUUUCGAGCGACGCACUAUUCGCCGGAGUUGAGCCGCUCGAAGGCAUCACUAUCUCGCAGAUUCUGUCUCUCGUAUCCCUGGAUGCUGCUCAAGGAGAGUCGUCACAUGUCGACUGGCGCUAUUCGAUAACGCUUUUCUUCCACUGCAUCCAUCCAUGGUUUGCUGUUGUCCACCCGGCUUUGUUCAAUCAGCAGCUGUGCCGGCUCCUCGCCAUGCUUGAUGCGCCUUCCCCUGCAGACUCACAGUCAUCACCUCCUUAUUCGAACAGCCACACCGACAACCAAGUAGCCAUGCAGGCCACCCCUCCCGGGCACACCACGACACCUGAUAUGGUGCUCAAGGAGGUGGCACUACUCGUUGUCGCCAUGUACCUUACCAUUCGCAUGCGGAUGACCGACGCUGGCGAGCAGCACAUGUUUGAUGAGACGUACCGCACCGCCAAAAGGAUGUCGGGUUUAUUACUAGUUCGCUGCGCGGGCGGUCCGCUGCCGAGCAUCGAGCUUGUACAAUGCGGUGCCUUGAUUGCGAUGUACGAAUAUGGUCAUGGUGAAAUGGAAGCGGCAUAUCAAACUUUGAGCCAGAUCAUAGGCGUGGCUCGGGUCUUGAAUAUCAAGCCAGGCCAAUUGCAUGACAGCGGAGAUGACGAGCCUAUGUCGAAUCUGGAGGAGGAGCAGAAUGGUUGUCUCUGGUGGGGGAUGUUCAUUCUCGAACAAUUCAUACACCAAGAUGAGACCACAAGGCACUUGCCGUUCAUCCUGGAGAGCCCGAGCCCAAGUACCUUGCUUCCCGAUACACCUCCUCUGACGCCAUUGCCCAGUACCCUGGGAUCCGCGCCACUCGAUGUGUCACCCUUACGUUUGUCGGCACCGACGAUCAACCGGCAUCUGGGUACAGGUAUACAGGUCGGCUCGAAACAGCUCGGCUCCUUCCAGCUGUCUGCCAAGGUUUCCAGCCUCUUCCACAGUGCCUUGAAGCUAGACAAGGAACGGGAGAUGAGGCCGGGGAAAGUCCCCCUUAUCAGUACAUAUGCGGCCUUGGACGACGAGAUCAGGAAGGCGACGCUAUCGCUUAUUGGAGACAGCCUAGAAUGGGAGACGACACUUGAUUGUUUUGCUAUGCUUAUAAGCGCAUUGUUCGCAUUGUACAUACCCUACCUCCCCAUCCUCGAGCAAACAUCGCCGUCCCAGAUCGAAUCUUCACAUGAGUUUACGGUUGCUCUGACGGCCCUCCGCUUCGCGUGCCAGAUGUCCACCGACAUAUCAUGCAAGAUCAACGAACAGUUUAAUGCGGCGCCGAGGUCCCCAGCCUUUCUAUGUGCGCCCGCCGGCGCCACCUGCUACUUCGUCAUCAUAGCCUGGGCCAGCAUGCUACGCAUCUACCCGGAGGACAGCGCCAAGGGCCACGCGGCCAUUGGUGAGAAGUUCGAGAGCCUGCUGCUGUUCAGCUUCCGUUGGGGCAUUGCCGAGAAAAUGAUGAGCUCGCUCGAACGCAAGACGGGCCUCGACCGAAGACAUUACCUCAGGAACACCUCGAUAGCCCCGCCGCCUCGCAUUAAUAGCUACGACUUCCGAUGA